CACCACCAACCCCCCGAAGCCCCCUCUCCUACGGUUCCAGUUUCCACGCCGCCGUCAACAUGUACCUCUCCGCCGUCGCCUCGACCGCCGCCCCCGCCGCCGCGUCGACCUCCCUCUCCUCCGUCAAUCGCCGCCGAUCGUCGCCUGCGUACAGGAUCCCGGCGCCACUCCCUCGACCCCUUCCCUGCAGGCUCCUGUCGUCGUCAGCACCGUCCCACUCUCCCCUCAGGCCGGUCUUCGCCAUGGCCUCCUACCCCGCCGCCGCCGGCGAGGCGGCCUCCAGGAAGAAACUCAUCAUCUUCGACGCCGAGGAGGACCUCGCGGCGUCGCUGGCCAAGCGCACGGCGGAGCUGUCGGCGAAAUUUGCGGCGGAGAGGGGUGCCUUCACCGUCGUGCUCUCCGGCGGCUCCCUCGUCAAGGCCCUCAGGAAACUGGCGGAGCCACCGUACCUGGAGGCUGUGGAUUGGAGCAGAUGGCAUGUGUUCUGGGUGGAUGAGAGGGUGGUGCCCAAGGACCAUGCGGACAGCAACUACAAGCUCGCCUCUGAUGAGUUCCUUUCAAAGGUGCCGAUUCCUGCGGACCAAGUUUAUGCCAUAAAUGACACGCUGUCAGCCGAGGGGGCUGCAGAGGACUAUGAGACUCGUUUAAGGCAACUUGUUAAGGAUGGUGUGAUUGGAAUGUCACCGGUAACUGGGUUCCCCAAGUUUGAUCUUAUGCUUAUGGGCAUGGGGCCUGAUGGCCAUGUUGCUUCACUCUUCCCAGGUCACCCGGUUGUCCAUGAAAACCAGAAAUGGGUCACCUUUGUCAAGGAUUCGCCAAAGCCACCACCAGAGAGAAUAACAUUCACUCUCCCUGUGAUCAAUUCGUCAGCACAUAUCGCACUUGUGGUCACCGGUGCUGGAAAAGCCGGUGCUAUUCAUAAAGCACUUUCAGAACAGCAAAACACAUCAGAUUUGCUGCCUGUCGAGAUGGUUUCCCUGCAGGAUGGAGAGCUCACUUGGUUCACUGACAAGCCAGCGGUGUCAAUGCUAUCCAGCAUUUGAAGCUAUGGUUGUAUGAGUUUGCUUGAACCUCUAGUCGUGAGUACUUACUUAAUAAAAGAUUUGAUGGAUAAAUAUUAGGUUCGGCAGGAAAUGGUGACUUUUUUUUUUGUAUUAUUGUGUGCCGGAGAAAUGUGUCAUGGGUUUCAGUAUCUACCAAAUAAUUGUCAUUUAUGGGGGGUGUUUUCUUCAGCGUAUAUGUUUUUUCUUCCGAACAAUUCAGCGUAUAUGCUGCCAGUAAGUGCUUGUAAAUGUUAUUUGGCACGUGAUGUUUGCUUUC